GAAAGAAAAGUCUCUCUCUCUUUCUCUCUCAUUGUAUUUUCAAUUCCUUUUAGCAAGCUGAUAUAUGAAACCGCCAAACACAACACAACAUCUCAAAGUGGCUUUCUCUCUUUCUUUCUUGCUUUAGGACCAUCAGUUGUUGGAAGACUCUUUGCUUUCUGGUAGCUUUUUUUUUCCUCUCUCCACUUUUCUCUUUGCUCAAAUGGAUUCUUCUCAGUGGCCACAGGGCAUAGGUGUAGUGAAGGGUGGUGUUGUGGAGGCUCCAAAGAAGCCAAGGCCGGAAAAGGAAAAAGCUUUGAAUUGUCCGAGGUGCAGUUCCACCAACACAAAGUUCUGUUACUACAACAAUUAUAGCCUGUCCCAGCCGAGGUACUUUUGUAAGACAUGUCGAAGGUACUGGACAGAAGGGGGUUCUUUGAGGAAUGUUCCAGUGGGGGGAGGGUCAAGAAAGAACAGAAGAUCAUCCAUUAUUUCUUCUUCUUCUUCUUCAUCUUCCAAGAAACUCCCAGAUCUUGCUGUGACGCCCUCCCCGAGCUUUCCCUGUCAGCAAAACCCUAAAGGGCAUGAUCUCAACCUGGCUUACCCGCCGCCCAUGACUGCCAACAAUUUCAGUGGCGGCGCCGGCGGUGGUAUUUCUGAGAUUCUUAAUCUGAACCCCAACUCCGCCGCCGCCAUGGAGAUCCUCAAGAAUGGGUUCAUGGGCAUGCCGGCGGUGCACCCAGAUCAUCAUCAUUCCAACGCCGCCGCCGCCAUGUUCUUGGCGCCCAAUCUUCAUGACGCCAAACCCAACGGCGGCUUCAACUUCUCCUUGGAUGGGUUCUGCAAUGGGUAUGGGAAUCUCCCGCAACAACAACCUGCGGGGACAGCUAGGAUGUUCUUCCCUAAUCUUGACGACUUGAAACCCAUGCCCACUGAUCAUCAGUUUGAGCAGCAGAAUAGAGGGGAAGGGGAUGAUAACGAUGCCAGUGGGUAUUGGAAUGGAAUGCUUGGGGGAGGAGGAGCAGGAGGAGGAGGAGGAACAUCAUGGUAAAUAAUACUAGUACAAGGCAAAUGUCAUGGUCUUACGUUGGUGUGAUGCUUUUGUGAAAUUUCUUGUUUUUUAUUUUUAUUUUUUAUUACUAGCUAAUUUUACCUGGAUCAAAAGUUGGUUUUCGAGUGUGAUCGGAUUGGGAAGAAGUAAUUAACAGAUUUAGGAUUGUAUGUGUUUUCUCUCCAUCAUAUAUUUUACCCUAUCCAUUAUUUGUUAUUAAUUAUUACAACAUAUAUGAUCUUA